CUGUGAGAAGGAAGGUGACAAUAAUAUUAAGGGACAAGGAUUUGAGCAAUAACUAAAACACAUUGCGCAAGUGAGGCGCGUAACCAGCCAGUGACAGAAAAAGUCACGUUAUGUUAGCCGGGGAAACCGUAUAGGUCAGGCUUUAUGAUGCUUGUGCGUUGCAAAAUAUAGAUAUCAUCUCGCAAUGCUGAACAUUUUAUAGAAAAAAAGCUUUGUUCCUGAUCCAGAAGCAGAAAUGGCGCAACAGGAACUGAGGCUGGGAGCAGACCCGGAUUACACCACCGUUUUUCAGAUUCUUGGAGCAGGACUCAUUGUUUUGGGUGGAGCCUGGGUUGUGUGGCUUAUCAUGAUUAUGUUACAAGGAGUGUUACAGAAGUCUGCCUUACCUGAUAACCAAAUGAUGAAUAAUCACAAGAUUCCACCUAAGCUUAAGAAAAAACAGAAGGUGGUGAGGCUAAAACAGAGGCAUCGUAGGAGGAAAAGAGUUUCACAUCCUCAGCAGCACAAAGUACCGCUGACAACUCCACUCCACAAACCUAUAGCAGAGCCAGUUGCAUCAACUCUGCCUCCUGAUGUGCUUUACAUGCUGCAGAGUGUCAGAUUAUUAGGUCAUUUUGAGAGACCUCUUUUCCUUAUGCUAUGCCAGUAUGUGGUUUAUGAACACUAUGAUCCUGGAUCUAUUGUUUUCUGCCCUGGACAGCCCGACUCAAGUAUUUAUAUUGUCCUGAAAGGGAAGCUGGAACUGUCUUUAACCGAUCCAGAUGGCACCCAGUGGUAUAUGAAAUCUAUUCCUCCAGGUGAAAAUGUGCACAGUCUGCUUAGUAUCUUGGAUGUACUGACGGGUCACCAGCGGCCAUACCGAACAGUGACAGCUAAAGCAACAGAGAAAAGUACCUUGCUGCGCCUACCCAUUGAAACCUUCUGUAAUAUUUUUCACAAGUACCCAGAGUGCCUGAUUCGUACUGUGCAGAUCAUUGCUCUACGUUUGCAGAAGGUCACCUUCCUCGCUCUGCAUCAUUAUCUUGGUCUGACCAAUGAGCUUUUUCAAAAUGAACCAAAUAAAGAGCCCAGCCCCCCUCACACUCGCCACCCUCGCCUUUCAAGACGUAUGACACAUGACGAAGGACACCAAGAAACACUUCCCGAGUCUUCAGUACCUAGGCGUAGAGCACCUCCUCUUAGUCGCUGUAAAUCUAUGCCAAUGGGACUCUCAAGUCAAAGUAGAGGCUUCUGGCGCUCUUUGGACUGUGAGUUUGAGCUACCUCAUGUCACGCAGCAUGAGGAGAAGAACGCUAAACAUUCUAAUUCCAGUGACCUUGAAAGGGGCAGAAUGGCUAAACUGUUAGAAGAUGGCAAGAGAAAACUGGCCAGUUUACUGAAUCUGGAGGAUGCUGCAUUGCUGGAUAAGAGGGUAACUUUUCAUCAUGUGAAGGCUGACACUGUUAUUGCUCAACAAGGGGAGCAGGGGGUUGGUCUACACUUUCUUCUCUCCGGCUGUCUCCAUGUUUAUCAGAGUGCUUCUGACCAUGGAGAAUCCUAUAUUUUUGAAACCUCCCCAGAUGAGAUGAUUGGACAACUGACGGUUCUUACUGGUGAACCCCUGAUCUUCACUAUCAAAGCCAUGCAAGACUCCUCUUUCCUUUGCCUGAGCCAAGGUCACUUCUACCAGAUUCUACGCUUGCACCCACAAGUCCUUCUGUCUGUAGCGCACUCUGUGGCUUGUCGGGUCUCAGCAUUUGUACGGCAAGUGGAUUUUGCUAUUGACUGGAUGCAUGUAGAAGCUGGAAGAGACCUAUACAGAAAGGGAGACCCCUCAGACUGCACAUAUAUCGCUCUGAAUGGACGUCUUCGCUCCGUCAUCGAACAUUCGAAUGAAAAGUCUGUAGCGAUGGAGCAUGGACGGGGUGAACUAAUUGGAGUGGUGGAGGCACUGACCCACAGACCGAGAGCUACGUCUGUCCAUGCUGUACGAGACUCUGAGCUGGCAAAAUUACCAGAGGGAACGCUAAACUACAUCAAAAAGAGAUACCCUCAGGUGGUAACAAGACUGAUUCAUAUUUUAAGCCAAAAAAUUCUGGGAAAUCUUCAGCAAUCACAGAAUACCAGUAACCCAGUCAGUAAUCUCUGCACAGUAUGCGUCUUACCUAUAAGCAACAAUGUUCCUCUUACUGCUUUUACCCUUGAGUUGAAACAUGCUUUAGAUGCCAUAGGACCAACUCUGGUUCUAACAAGUGACAUUAUCCGGGCAAGACUUGGAGCAUAUGCACUAGAAAGUACCCAUGAAUGCCAGCUAUCUAACUGUCUGGCCCAACAGGAAGAUCUCCACCGAAUUGUUCUGUACCAGGCAGAGCAUUCCCUUACACCAUGGACUGUACGCUGUGUCCGACAGGCAGAUUGCAUUUUAGUAGUGGGAUUAGGAGAGGAGAAACCCGCACUAGGGGAGUUAGAACUUUUCCUCCAAAGCUCACCAUUCCAGGCUCAAAAACAGCUGGUUCUCCUGCAUCAUCCUGGUAGUUCUCUUCCCUCUGGUACUGUGGAUUGGCUCAAAAUAAGGACUUGGGUAUCAUCACACUUUCAUAUUCGUGGUCCACAGCGGAUGUUCACAAGGAGAACUCUACACAAAGUGCAAGAGCUCUACAACAAGGUGCUGCAUAAGAAAGCUGAUCAUCGCAGCGACUUUUCACGUCUUGCCCGAGCUCUGACGGGAAACACUAUUGCUUUAGUACUGGGAGGAGGGGGAGCCAGAGGCUUUGCACAUGUUGGAAUGAUACAAGCUUUGGAGGAGGCUGGCAUUCCGGUUGACAUGAUUGGUGGCACCUCAAUGGGAGCAUUAGUGGGAGGUGUGUAUGCCGAGGAACGGAAUGCUUGUCACAUUAAGCAGAGGACAAGUAAAUGGGCAAAGAUGAUGUCUUCACUUCCACGAACUGCCAUGGAUCUGACGUAUCCCAUUACAUCACUGCUCUCAGGUGCUGCCUUUAAUGCCACUCUACACAGCCUGUUCGGGGAGCAACAGAUUCAGGACUUGUGGUUGCCAUAUUUUAAUAUCACAACUGAUAUCAGUUCUUCUACAAUGCGAGUACACAGAGAAGGUUCUCUCUGGCGAUAUGUUCGGGCCAGUACCUCCUACACUCCCUAUCUACCUCCUCUCUGUGACCCUAAGGACUGCCACCUGCUGCUGGAUGGCUGCUAUGUCAAUAACUUACCAGCGGAUGUGGCUCACUCCCUUGGAGCACGCACAGUCAUAGCAGUUGAUGUUGGGCAGCAGAGCAGUUGUGACAUGCUGAACUAUGGAGACAGCCUGUCAGGAUGGUGGUUACUAUGGAAGCGUCUGAAUCCAUGGGCUACAAAAGUCAUGGUACCAGACAUGGCAGAACUGCAGUGUCGUUUAUCCUACGUCUCAUGUGUCCAUCAGCUAGAGUCGGUGAAACUCAGUGGGUACUGUGAGUAUCUGAACCCUCCUGUCCAGCGAUUCAGCACUAAUGAUUUCCAUCGCUUCCAGGAAAUCCAUGAAGUUGGCUAUGAAUAUGGGAGAUUAAUAUUCACAGAGUGGCAACGUGGGGAUGUAAUUAAGAAAAUGUUACAGGAUGGAAGUGAUCCAACAAGUUAUCACCAUAAAGUAGAGAAUGGUGAAGUCAUUCCUAGUUUCACUGAUCUAGCAGAAAUUAUCUCUCGCAUUGAACCUGUAGCCAGCCAACAUUCUUUUUUUGAAGAGAAAAAUGCAGAAGAAUACACUCAAGAUGAAACUGUGGCUACAGAGGAAGAUGAUGAAUAUGAAACAGAAGAAGAGGAGAUAUCUAUGGGUUGUAACAUAUGAUGUUAUGAAAACCAUUAAUCCAUUAGAAUAACAUAAUAAAAAACUGUGGACCGCUUUCUUUUCAAAGCCAUUGCAGUCCGCAAAGAGACACAAUUUGAAAAAUAGGUGCGUCACAGGCUUCUCACACAGUUUUGAAAAGGAUUUUCACACAGACAAGAUAAAGAUACGCCUAAAUGGACAUUCUGAUGAUCACAUUUAAUUUCAGUAUAUGUUUCAUAGUUUAAAGUUUGAUGUAAGUAAUUUUAAAAAUGUAUUUAACAAACAAUAAUCAUAUUUAUUAUCACAUAACUUGUUCAAAACUUUAGCAUCUUUGUAAAACAGACAAUAUAUGGCAAUCAAAAUAUUGCAUUUUUUUAAAGGUAUCAAGGCUGUAGAGUUUGAAAUAUCCCAAAACUGUGUAAAAAAAUGAGUUUCUGGUAGAUUGGGAUAUAGCUGUUGCAUUGUGCCAAUGCAAAUUAUAUGGGUGUUUUUGUACCAAAUGAAUUUAACACGCUUGUGAUAAGUAAGUUAUCAAAGCUUUUUUCUAAGGGAUUAAAAUAGCUUUACAUUUGGAUACUCUGUAAAAUGAUUCACUAUGAUUUGAAUUUAAAUUGUAUUUAUUUUACUGUGGAAAUAUUAAAUUCAAUAAAAACAAUGUUGUUUCUUA